AUGCAGCAGCAGCACAGCUCGCACUUCGCCGAAGAGCGCGUCGGUGACCGCGGCGCCGCCUUUGCAGAGCCUCCGCCACUCCACAACUCCGUCACCGGAGAAGCGGCCGGACAACUUCUGCUGGAGGUGGAGCGUCUUGCGGAGCAUGGCAUCGGAGCCGCAGACAUUACAAAGCUGAAGCAGGCGGGGAUCUUCACUGUUCCUGGUGUGCAGAUGCAGUGUAGGAAAGACCUCAUUCAGAUAAAAGGCCUCUCCGAGGCGAAGGUUGACAAGAUCAUCGAGGCGGCGCGGCGCGUGGGCGAGGUGGGCUUCAUUACCGGCUCCAGCUGUCUGCAGCAGCGCAGCACUAUUCUACGUAUCUCCACCGGGAGUACGGCGCUCGAUCAGCUGCUCGGUGGCGGCGGUAUCGAGAGCCGCUCCAUAACCGAGGCGUUUGGAGAGUUCCGCACCGGCAAGACGCAGAUCGGGCACACCUUGUGCGUAACCUGUCAGCUGCCGCUGGAGAUGGGCGGUGGCAACGGAAAGGCGGUGUACGUGGACACCGAGGGCACGUUUCGGCCGGAGCGGAUUCGACCCAUUGCGGAGCGCUUCGGGAUGGACUCAAACUCCGUGCUAGACAACAUCCUUGUCGCCCGCGCCUAUACGCACGAGCAUCAGGCUCACCUGCUAUCAAUGGUAGCAGCCAAGAUGGCGGAGGAUCAGUUUAGCCUGCUCGUCGUAGACAGCAUAACGGCUCUCUUUCGCGUUGACUUCUCCGGCCGCGGCGAGCUCGCGGAGCGGCAGCAGAAGCUGGCAAAGAUGCUGAGCCAACUGAUCAAAAUCGCGGAGGAGUUCAACAUUGCCGUGUACAUCACCAAUCAGGUAGUCUCCGACCCCGGUGGCGCCUCCAUGUUUGUAGCGGACCCAAAGAAGCCCGUCGGUGGCCACAUCCUCGCCCAUGCGUCGACGACGCGCCUGUCCCUGCGCAAGGGCCGCGGCGAUCAGCGCGUGUGCAAAAUAUUUGAUAGCCCAUCCUUGCCGGAGCUCGAAUGCGUGUACAGCAUCUCUGAGCAAGGGAUCAUCGACGCGGUUGAGUGA